GAACCAGCGGUAAAAUAAUCCAAUUGGGUACCAGCAGAUUAUCGUCGUUAAAAGAUGCGGACGUUCUUCUCAGAGCCAAAAACUUUACGGGAAGCUAUCAAGCCCUUGGUUUAUUUAAACUGGCUCUUGGGAUUGGGCAUUUUUCGACAACCGAAUCACACUGCCUUCAUGCAUUUUGCUAUGCAAUUACAUACUGUUAUUGCUAAUACGAUGAGGCUAAUCAUCACUUACAUAGGUAUGGCUGUCGCACUACAAAAGCUAGAUUACGGAAACAUGUCCCCAAUGUCUAUCAUGAUGUAUAAGACACUUAUGUGGAUAAGUUCCUGCAUCGUAGUGAGUACACCACUGUUAGUAUGGAUCCGAAAAAAGUCGUGUAGAGGGUGUUUGCAAGGGAUGACUGCCUUAGAAGAUCUGUUUCAAUCUACUCUUGGAAUUGAAAACAAUUAUAAAAAAUUACACACUCGUAUAAAUGUCCGAUCGAUCAUCGGUGUCUUAAUCGGGUCCAUAGUGAGCAUUUCGGACCAGGCCAUGAACCCAGACAGGUUUCAGGGGCCGUUAAAUAUAUGGGAUUUCUUUAUUUUCGCGGCUGUACAUCAACCAACACUCAUUAUCAUUUUAUUGGACCUCAUCUUCUGCGUAUCGAUAGAGUGUGUCAGAGAAAAAUUUCGAAGCUUGAACGACAGUCUACUCAAAUUGGCAAGACAGACUGCCACCUUGUCCUCUAAUGAAAGCCUGUCAAUUGCUGUUCGAGUUAAUGUUAAUACCACACCAAGGAAUGGAAGGGAAAGAAAGCCACUUCAGAGCAUGACGACCAAACAGUAUUACUUUUUACGGAAAAUCCGAAAAGCUCACUGGGAACUCUGCAAACUUGCAAAACAGAUUAACGACACUUUCGGACUACAAAAUUUGAUGUUUAUGGGAAUAUCGUUCGUCAUGAUUACAGGAUUAUUAUACACCAUUUAUAGUGCUUAUACAUGGCACAAUUCGACACGAUACAAAACUUUUGAAAUAACUACAGCCACCGUGUGGGUGGCCGUUUUCACGUCACAUAUUUGGAUGAUUUGUCACUUAUGCUGUAGUACCAGCAAUGAGGCUCAACGGACUAGAGAAAUUCUUUGUGAAUUUUCAACAGCAAAUAUUAAUGACGCAGAACUUCAGACCGAGGUCGACAAAUUCGCAGUACAGACGUCUCAGAAUCCCGUCAAAUUUGACGCCUGCGGUUUCUUUUACAUGGAUUACACGUUUGUUCAAAGCGUAAUUGGGUCGAUAACGACAUAUCUUGUAAUCCUUAUCCAGAUGAGUGGAUGAUCGUAAAUAGCACUGGAAGAUCAGCGACUGAGUGAUACUUACGAAAAACUUCGCACAUUGAACAUCAGUCAAUCGGCAAAUGAGAUCUUCGGUUACACAAAAUAUAAAAAUUCGUCACAAGUAACGGUUUCAAAAUUCUAAUUUAUCAUUUAAGUUAAUUGAUGAACGUUGUACAUUAGGGUGCGCCAAAAGAAUUUUUUUUUUUCAAAAGCACAUCAAAAGUUCGCAGAACAUCUCUUAUGGUAUAUCUCAUCGAAAUAUGAGGUCUUGAUAUUGAUA